GAGCCCCUGUUGUCGUGAUUGCAAAGGGAGAAAAAAAAGGGUCUCAGUGUGCAGCAUCUUUGCAAAAGGACGCACAGAUCUGGCCAUCAUCACACAGCCGCGCGCGGACACGGUACCCAGACGCGUAAACACAAAAGACGGGAGUUUACCGAAGCGCGUUUGUUUUCUCCAUGGGACCGCAGCAGUAAAAGAAGUGGAGUUGGUGCAUUUUGGUUUGAAUGGGAAAGAGCAGACUGAACGCCUCUGGACAACGCCAGGCUUUUUAUUUCGACUCCUUCGGUUUGUUUUGGUAGAUUACACGUUUGGACUGAAGGUGGUUAUGACAGAAGCGCGUCAACAAUCAAAACCCCUGAGUGCGCCUUCGCAAUCUGAGACAUGAACUUUUAUUUUGUGCUGAGAGAAAAAAAAAAAAAGACCAAUUUCUGGAGCUAAAUGCAGCAGAAUGACUGGAGUUAAUUAGCCUGGUAAUUUCAUCGACAUUGUAUGUUUUGGGAAUACAAACCUUUUUUUUUUUUUCUUUUUUUUUUUUGGAUACCUUGAGGCGUUUCUCACUUUUGGAGCAGAAUUUUGGAUGUUUUGAAGUGAUCCGUUAAAUUAGCUUUAACCUCAGAGUGUGUUUUUAUUCCCAUUGAACUGUAAACCUUACAUUUAGAACAAUGAGCUUCUACAGUGUGGUAUUGUCCUGUUUGGUGGCGUGCGUUCUGUCCGUGCGCUGCAGCUCCGUGACCGGGACUCAGAGCUCCCCACAGGAGUCGUGCGCGUCCUGCGGCCUCAGAGCACCGGAUCAGUCGGAACGGGUGAACGUAGACUUCUUGGAGGCGGUGAAAAGGCACAUAUUGAACAGGCUACAGAUGAAAGACAGACCCAACAUCACCCAUCCCAUCCCCAAGGCUGCGAUGGUGACAGCGCUGAGGAGGCUGCACGCCGGGAAAGUGCGUGAGGACGGCCGGGUGGAGAUCCCCAGUUUUGACGGACAGGCAGCCUUCAACAACGAGGUUCAAGCGGAGACCUCGGAGAUUAUCAGUUUCGCCGAAUCAGAUGAGCAUACAUCCCCCAAGUCUGGCCUCUUCUUCCUCAUCUCCAAUGAGGGCAAUCAGAACCUGUACGUGUCCCAGGCCAACCUCUGGCUCUACUUCCGUGUGCUGCCGGCCGGUCCUGAGAAGGGUUUACGGCGGAAGGUGACGGUGAAGAUUCACUACCAGGAGGCCGGGGCUGUGGCUGGUGCAGAAGGAGGCCCGGGAGGUGGUGGCGGAGGGGGCACGGGUCGCUGGGCGCUGGUGGAGAAGCGGGUGGAUCUGAAACGUAGCGGCUGGCACACCUUCCCCCUGUCUGACGCGGUGCGGGCUGUGUUCGGUAAAGGCAGCCGGCGGCAGGACCUGGAGGUCCACUGUGACGGCUGUGAGACCGCCGGUGUGGCUCCGGUGCUGGUGGACCCGGGCGACCCCUCCCACCGGCCCUUCCUGGUGGUGCGUGCACGCCAAGUGGAUGGAAAGCAUCGCAUUCGUAAGCGGGGUCUGGAGUGCGACGGCACCAGCGGGGGCCUCUGCUGUCGGCAGCAGUUUUACAUAGACUUCCGCCUCAUCGGCUGGAACGACUGGAUCAUCGCACCAGCUGGUUACUACGGUAACUACUGCGAGGGAAGCUGCCCAGCCUAUAUGGCAGGUGUGCCAGGGUCAGCUUCAUCUUUCCACACAGCAGUAGUGAACCAGUACCGCAUGAGAGGGAUGAGCCCCGGUUCUGUCAACUCUUGCUGCAUCCCCACCAAGCUCAGUACUAUGUCCAUGCUCUACUUUGACGAUGAAUACAACAUCGUUAAGAGGGAUGUGCCCAAUAUGAUCGUGGAGGAGUGUGGCUGUGCUUGAGUCUACACUUCAACAUUUUAGAACUUCAGAAAGGCCUUUUGUACAAACAGGACGUUAUUGUACGGUACACAUAUCCAUUAUAUCUAUACCUACUGUAUGUGCAAGCAACACUCGCUGGUACAAUCUAGCAAAGUAUCAGCGCUGUGUCCAUGUGUGCAUGUUUGCACGUGUUCAUGCGAGUGUGUGUAUUUAUCAGACUGAGUGACAUGCUCGCUGUCAGCUUCGUCUGUUUUGGGCGACAAGCGAUGGGACGAGAAGGGAAUGAUUAUCACCAAAUGAUACUUUGCUCUAGUUUGCCAUUUCUAGUCAAAAAAUAAUGGCCCAUCAUAUCAUCUCCUCUUGAAUGAAGAUAAAAAGCGCUUAAAGGAAAGUGACAGGAUCAGCCGAUGGCAUUAUUGGCUUCACCCACACACUCCCAAUCCUGCUUCUCCGACCCUCUUAAGUACUUUAAGCACAUGACAGACUUUUGUUAUUAUAAAGCACUGACAAUUCAUCAGCUUAUACAAUUCAGAACACCAGCACUUCCCUACUGUACAGACAGACACCGUCUGACUGUCCUCUCUGGUGGAAUUAGACCAGCAGCGCUUAAUGCCUUGCAGGAUUAUACCCUCCACGGCGCAGCGGCAAAGUCCUCCACAGAGCUGCUGCCGCUGCUGCUAUUGUCGUCUUCAUUCUCGCUGUUGACUACGGGCCUCAACCUCAACUGUCCUGCCUGUUAAGAGUGCUGCAGGCCCCGUUACCAUGACAACCAGGUGAAGAUAGAUCUCAUAAGUGCACUUCACAUGUGCACUGGGAGCAACAGAGAGUGAACUGCUGCCUCCUCCUGUCCUCGAAGGCUGCUCCCUACUGGAACAGUAGAAGUGGACCUGUGGACGGGGAGACUCGAGUUUCGGCCCAGUGGGUCGCCACGGUGCGGUGCAGCACUUGCAGAAACUGAAAUGCACACCCUGAAUAGCACUUGUAUAAAGAAAUGCCUUCCAAGGGGUACUGAGUGUCCUGUCCUAUCGCUAAAUAAGUGCCACAUGAGCUAUGCAAUGUAUAGUAACCUAUACCCAUACUCAACAUGCUCUAUUAGACUGAAUCUCUUACCACCUGUCUUUCUUUCUUUCUAUCUUUCUUUCUGUCUUCUUCUUCUUCUUCUCUCUCCCUCUUUCUCUCUUCAGUCCUUGACUUUUUAUCAAUACUUGAAAUGUAAUCUUUCGCUUCCUUUCCAAAGCGAAUGAUUGUUGUGAUGUUUGCACUGAAAAGUUGCGGGAUUAGCGAAACAAAAACUGCCAUUGAAAAAUUAUUUUUAUAGAAGUAAAUUGAAUUUUGUUUCAAAUGUAUUUUACCUAAUUAAUGGAACCAAAGAGGCCAAGAUUUUAGCUAUUGUACCAAGAUGGCAAGGCCAUGGAGUUACUGUGUACAAUACUGUUUCUGAUCAUUUGCAAAAGGCCUACCACUGUAUCAGGGUACGAUAUAUGAUUUCAUUUCUUAGCUCUAUUUUCAUUCUCUGUUUUGUACAAUACGCAAGUCGAACACUUCAUUUUUUUCAUCUUUAAAUCUAUUUUUGUUUUCGUUUUCUAUUUAAUAAGAAAGUUAUUUUUAGUUCCUGUCUAAGAAUCAUUUAGUCAAAUAAAUGUCAUCUGUACAGUUUAUGUAAAAUAAAAUGUUUUCUUAAAUAUUUUG